AGUGCAGAAUGGUUAUUAGUAAAACCACCACAAGCCACCCUAAAUACACUAUGAUUAUUUCCCCAUAUUUGUAAACGAAUCGUGUUUUCGGAAAUGUAUGUAUUAAAAAGAAUAUCCAGUUACUCAACAAUUUUGUAAAACUCGUGUGAAAAAUCCUGUCAAUAUAUUCCUCUUUAAAUUACCGAGUUUACGUAGGGGAAAUCGUCAUCAGAGGAGUAGGAAAUCAGCCUAAUUGCAAAUGGAUUCCAGCUCCCACACUAAUUUAGCUUGUCCCCACUGCGGAAAAAGUUUCAAAAAGAAGCGCUAUCUGGACAAGCAUAUCCACACUCAUGAACCGGAUGUAGUAUUUAAGUGCGGGAUCUGCGCGAAAACGUUGAAAAAUCCCAGCUCCUUGUCCCGGCAUAACUAUCGCAAGCACAAUAAACAAGUCUGCACAAUUUGCUCUCGAGAAUUUAGCGGCCCAGAAAACCUUAAGGUACACAUGAGCCGCGUGCACACCACCGGAGUACGACAAAGAUACCCUUGUCCACAGUGUGAUAAAUCGUUUCUUGGCAAGUACGCAGUUGGCCGACACGCUAAAGUGGAACAUGCCCAGAGCCCUGUUCGAUUUCGGUGCACCCUUUGUGGAAGGGAAUUUAAAGAAAAACAAAACCGCAACAGACACAUUGCCACGCAUACGAGAGAGAGAACUUUCAGGUGUGAAGUAUGUGGACAUAGCUACGUAGACGAGGCGACAUUGAAAAUUCACAAGCGUAUACAUGACGAUAAAUCUUCACGGGAAUCGUUCAAGUUUAAGUAUUGUCCUCAGAGAUUUUUUGAAUUUUCCGGGGUUCGGUAUCACGAGAGGACUUACCACGAAAAUCGGAGGGACUAUCAAUGUACGAUUUGUAACAAGAAAUUAGUGACAGCAUACAGUUUAAAGUAUCACGUGGAGGCGAAACAUCCGACCAAUGAGAUGCCGAUUUAUUCCUGUGACCAAUGCGGGUACACAAAUAGAGUAAAGAAAAGCUUAGCUAGACACGUGGCCCGGGUGCACGUGGGUUUGAGGACCAACGAAUGCUACUUCUGUGGAAAGAAAUUUUUCUCUUUUUCUGAUCUGGUUGGUCAUUCUGGGCGGAUGCACACCCUAGAAAAAUAAGUGGGAGUUGUUCGGUAUCUUAAUUUAUGUUUGUGUAUGUACAA